AUGCUCUGCCCCGUUUACGCCUUCAAAACGCGCUGCUGUUCUGGUGAUGAUGACCCAGAGGAACGUCCAUGGCAGUAUACUUUGAAUAAGGCAAAGAUAAUUUGUCAGAAUUGCGGCUCUGGAUGUAUGGGUGCUGACUUCGUCUGUCCGCCGUCACUGCUUCCGUUCCCACUGCAGAACCCGCAUUGCGCACAUCAACUUCGACAGAGCCCUGUCCGACUAGCCUUCUUACCAGCCAACGUGAGCACCGGUGGAGGAUUUUUCAAGUAUCGCCUAGGAGACGGAUUGCAUUGCGGAGUUGUUGACACAGCUGGUGUGGUUCAUAGUUAUGUGCCUUCUAAGGGCUUCCGUAGUGAAGCGAGCUCUUGGGAGCAGUCUAUUCUCGUGGUUAUUUCCGAUUCCGAGGGCGUUUCUGAUGAGCGCUGGGAGCUGUCCAUCCAGAAAUGCAUGGACGACGCAAAAACCAAGCAGAUGUCUGUGGCCGAUGCACAGAGAGCAGCUUUACUUGCCUAUUAUCACGGGGAAAGCUCGCGUAAAAAGAAGUCUGACUACGACUGCCUUGACUUUGCCGUUUGUGUAGUUAACCAUGCCUUCGAGACGGAUUUUUAUACAAGAGAGAGAAUCAGUGAGUUGAUGUGUUGCCAGCUGAAAUCGGUACUUCUAUACGCCGAUUGUCAGCGUUCAGCUGCUGCCUUCUGCCUUUGA